AUGUCACAAGAAGCAGAUAGGGAAUUAGCUAGGUUAUGGCGAGUAUCACGAACGGUUCAUGAGAUGGUACGGGAUAGGGGAUAUCUCGUGGCGGAUUACGAAGUGGAAGUAGGGUUUGAUCAAUUCAAGAAUGAUUUCGGAGCUACAGGAUCAGUGGAUCGAGGACCUAUGAGUUUCUCAGUGAAACAUGCCGAAGAUGAUGGAACGCUUUAUGUGUAUUUCUGUGCGGAGAAGAACGUUAGUAAAGCAGCUAUGAAAACGUUCAUCACUUCAAUGGAUAAGAUAGGAGCUAAAAGGGGAAUAAUUAUUUGGUCUGAAAAAAUGUCACCGGCAGCCAAAAAGACACUACAAGAAUUGGCAUCAGAAUAUCAUUUGGAAGAUUUCCAAGAAUCAGAUUUAUUAGUCAAUAUAACUCGACAUUUCUUAGUCCCAAAACAUCAGAUAAUGAGAAAAGAUGAAAAAGAUCAAUUGAUUAAACGAUACCGUCUUAAAGAAACUCAAUUACCUAGAAUAAUGAUCACUGAUCCCGUAGCAAGAUAUUACGGUAUGAAGCGAGGUCAAGUGAUGAAAAUUGAGAGAGCUUCAGAGACUGCUGGGCGAUAUAUCACUUAUCGAAUUUGCAUGUAA